UUAUUUAAUUAUUAUUUUUUUACCCGUUGGAAUGGUAACCUGUUGCACCGGUUCCAGAGCCUCGUCGAGUUUCAGAGCCUCUCUUCCGCGGUGGGAUUUCAGAGCGUCUCUUCGUCGAUAGUGACGGGAUUGAUUGGCGGCGACGGCGAAUCUGCAUCUGAAUUAGGGCGACGGCGACAACGAACCUGCAUCAAGGGGCGAUGGUGACGGCGACACUGUGAGAAGAAAGAGAUUGGGGGUUCCGUUUCUCGACUCUCAAAGCUCCCGACUUCGCAUGCGGCAUGUCAAAGGCGGAACAACAUCACUUGAUCUGAAUUCUUAAGGGUUCCUUUGGGGGAGUCGGAAUUCCCCACUGUAGAUGGAGAGUUGCAGUGCUGAGGAGGGAUUCUUCGAUACUAGGGAAGAGGUCUCUUCCAUCUCCGAUUGGGCUUCCGAUUCCGACGGCAACGGUGUUUUCGCUAAUUCUCAGUUCGAGAUUUGGGGUAAGAAUAUGGAGAGCGUAGAGGAUCGGCGAUGGAGGUUCCUCGGAUAGAUGAAUCCGAGUUUCGACCGGGGUUCGGUGAAGGAAUUGGAGAAGGAAAGUCCCGACAAGAUCGAAUUGGGAGUUGAUAGAGUGAUGGAUGAUAGCAGCGCAGUGUUGAGAACUUCUGGUUCUGAUGAACCCGACCUCUGGUCUGACACUUUGUCACGGUCUACUUCUUGCUAGUCAGCUGAAGCUCGGGAGUCGUUUGAAGAUGGUGCUUCGGAGGUGGAUUUCAUGUACAAGAUUAGGAACUUAGACGACGGAAGGGAGUUUGUCUUCGAAGAACUGGAUCAAGAUUGUAUUCUGGUUCGAUGGAUGGGACAAUCAAGGUGUGGGAUUUGAACACCGAGGAGUGCAUUCAAACACUCAAGGCACACGAUGGUGCUGUGACGUUUGUUAUCUGCUGGAAUACGACCCUGGUGUCUUGCUCACUGGAUAAGAAGGUCAAGUUCUGGGGUUGCGCUGAAGAUGACAGUGAUGAUAUAAGCCUUUUGUACACACAUGAAGAGGAAAGUGCUGCAGUUGCUCUUGGUGGGAUGAAUGAUUCCGAAGGAAAACCAGUCUUGUUCUGUUCGUGGAGCAACUGUAGUGUUGGGUUAUACGAGUUGCCAACACUCGAAGAGCGUGGAAGGAUUUACUCACAGAAGGAAGUAAGAGCAAUUCGAAGUGGGCCUGACGGUUUGUUUUUCACAGGGGACACAAAUGGUGUCGUCAGCGUCUGGAAGUGGGCCAAAGCUGAUGCUGCUUGAUUCUUUGCUUCCAUUGUCCUCAAUUGUACACAGAGAGUUAUAUCUGAAGUUAGAAUUUUGACAUGUAAAGUCACGACAUGGGAUUCCAUUUCAUUCUUUUUUAAACUAUUUAUUAAAUGUCUUAAAAGAUC